AUGGAUCAGAAUCAGUAUUCGGCGUUCUCGCCAAUAUCAGCAACCGCUACUCGUCUUACUUUCGACAACAUUCCUCUCAACUCUCCUCAACACAAUGGUCCGAAGUCUUCCAAGAAGAAUGCCACACCAAAGCCUCCUGACACGUCAGCAGCACCUGGAAGCAGCGCCAGGCGCAGGAACAGCACACCAGGCUUCAUUUCCGCAGACGUUGCCGAUAUCGUCUCCGUCGACGGUAACCUCAUUUCGCGAGCCAAUCCCUCGCCAGCCUUGGCGAAAGAUGCAUUGGCUGCCAUCGCAGCAGCGUCUUUAAAGCCGGCUCCUCCCAGGUCUGCAGCGAGGCAGAGCCGAGCCAUUGUUCCGGUUGCGGAGACGAGGCUCGAAGAGGAGGAGCAGGUCUGGCAGCGAUACCGGGAGUCAGGGUUGGACGAGGUCGUGGUUCUGCGGAAAGAGCGAGACGCGCUAAUGGAGAAGGCGAACUCGUUGGAUCAAGAGCUCUACGAGUACCAGUACAACAUGGGUCUGUUGCUGAUGGAGCGGCAGAAGUGGCUACCCAAGUACGAGGACGCGCGAGCGGCGCUGGAGGAAGCGGAAGCGGAGCUGCAGCGGGAAGCGACGGCGCACAGGGUCGCUCUGGCGGAAGCGAAGGAGCGGGAAAAGGCUCUACAAGACGCGCUCGCCAUCGAGCAGGACUGCGUCGCAAGCAUGGAGCGAGCUGUGAAGGAGCUGCAGGUGGAGGUGGAGGAGACGAAGAAGCACGCGCGCACGGCUCUAGACGAGGCCAACGCCACCAUGGCUGCCGCGGAAAAGAAGCUGCAGGCGGCGGAGGCGGCUAGCCGGCAGGUGGAGGCGAGCCGGAGCGAGGCGAGCAGGCGCAUUGCGGAGGCGGAGCGGAAGCAGCAGGAGCUGGAGGCUAGGGAGGCGAAUGGCAGGCGCGAAGUUCAGGCGGAGAAGGACAGGCUGGAGGCCAAGGCGCGGGAACUGGAGGCGCAGAAAGGGUCACUGAGUGACUGGGAGGCCAAGUUGAAGCAGCGCAAUGCGAAGCUUCUGGAGAGCGAGGAGAUGCUGGAUGCGCGGGAGGCGCGCAUAGGCGCAGCGAUGGACGAGCUCAAGGCGGCGGAGCAGCAGGCGGAGGCGCGGAAGGCGGCGCUGCAGGAGGAGGCGCGGCGGCUGGAGGGCGUACGAGAGCAGGCGCGGGAGGCGGAGGAGCGCGCGCGGAAGGAGGCGCAGGCGGUGGCGGAGGGGAAGGUGGCGCUGGCGAAGCGGGAGGGCGAGCUGGCGGUGCAGGAGGACCUCCUGGUGGCGCGCGAACAGGACGCGGUGGCGAGGGAGAUGCGCGGCAAGGAGUUGGAGCUGCGUGUGGCGAGCGAGCAGGAGAGGGUGCGCGAGUGGGAGGAGAGCCUGCGGAAGCGGCAAUCCGCGCUGGACGAUCUCAAGGCCAAGCUGGCGAGCGAGAAGAAGGGGCUGGACGAGGUGGAAGCGUCUUUGAGCAGUGGGCGCGUGCAGCUGGAGGAAAUGCAGGCGGAGCUGCAGAGCAAGGAGCGCGCGCUGCUGGCGGAGCGGGAGAGGGUGCAGGCGCAGGAGAACGAGGUGGAAGGGCUGCGCGCGCAGGUGGCGCAGAAGGAGGAGCUGGUGGAGCAGCGCGAGCAGGGCGCGCAGAGGCGCGCGGAGAGGGCGGCGGAGCGCAUGGCGGAGGCGGAGGCGCUGGUGCUGCAGGCGGCGAGCAGAGAGCGGGAGGUGGAGCUGAGGCAGGCACAGCUGGACAGGGAUUUGAGGCGGUUGGAAGUGGCGAGAGCAGAGGCGGACGCGGAGAAGCAGCAGCUGGAGGAUCUCCGGGAGAGGGUUCGCUCUGAGCGCGCCGAUUCAGAGGCGGAGAAGCGCCAAGCAGCAGCUGCUCUGGCUAAAGCGGAGCAGACUAUAGCGGAGUCGGGGGUCCAGCGGGAGGCAGCGCAGGCGGAAAUGAAGCGGGCGCAGGAGCGGCUUGAGGAGGCGGAGAGGCGCGUGCAGGAGCUGAGAGCGGAGAAGGAGAGGUUUGAGAAGGAGUGGGAGGUGCUGGAUGGGCAGAGGGAGGAGGUGGAGAGGAUGGAGGUAGAAGUUGGGAAACUGAGGGAGAAAGCACUAGCUGAUGUGCAGAAGGAGAGGGAGGAGGUGAGGAGGCAAGAGAGGGAGGUUGAAGCGAGGUUGGAGAAAGGGAGAGAGGAGUUGGAGGAGGAGAGGAGAGGGAUUGCGGAGGAGUGGAGGAGGAAGGGAGAGGAGGUCGAGGCAGAGAGGGAGGAGGUGGAGAGGGAGCGGGAGAAGUUGCGUGAGGAGAGGAAUGCGCUGGAAGAAGCGUCUGCGGAGGUGGAGGGGCAGAGAGAGGCGCUGAAGGCCGAGCGGGGCGAGCUGAGGAAGGAGAUCGAGGAGAAGAAAACGGUGUUUGCUCAGCUGUCGCAACAGCAUGCAGCUCUGGAGCGGAAGGGGAAGGCGGUGAAAGCGGAAGAGGAGAAGGUGCGGGAGAUGUUGGCAGCGGUGGAGAAGGGUCGGAAGGAGCUGGAGCAGGAGAAGGAAGGGUGGAAGGAGCAGCACCAGCAGAUGCUGAGCGCCGUGCGGGCAGAGCGAGAAGGCGUGGAGGAGGAGAGGAAGCGGGUGGUAGCAGAGGCGCGGGAAGAGAGGGUGAGGCUGGGAGAGGAGGCGGAUGAGGUGGUGCGGGCGAGGAAGGAAGCGGACGAGGGCAGACAGCAGGUGGAGAGGGAGAUGGAGGAACUGGCUUUCCAGAGAGCUGCGUUACAGUCAGAGGAGAUUGAGCUUGGCAGCAGACUCGAGGACGUGAGCGCCCGGGAAUCAGCUCUUGAAGCGGCGGCUGAGCAGCUGAAGGGGAGAGAGGCGGCUGUAGCGGCACGGAUGGGUGAAGUAGAGGUGGCCCUGGCGGCUGUAGCGGCGAGGGAGGAGGAGGUGGUUCGGGCGCGGGAGGGGCUUGUGCGGGAGAGGGAGAGGAUGGAAGCAGAGGUUGAGCAGCAGAAGAGAGUGGUGGAGAUGGAACGGGAAGGAGUGGAGAUGGAAAAGCAGGAGGUUGCGGCGAGGGGCGAGGCGGAGAGGGAGAAGGUUCGGAUUGAGAGGGAGGCAGUGGGGAAAGAGAGGGAGCAGGUGGAGCGAGAGGCUGAGGAGGUCAAGAAGGCCCUUGCGGAGGUUCACAGGCAGAGGGGGUUGCUGGGAGAGGAGAGGGAAGCUGCUAGAGCAGAAGCAGCCGAGCAUCGGGCAGCGAUAAAAUCUCUUGUGGAGGAACGGGCAGCGGCGGAGAGGGGCGCGAAGGAGGCGAGAAACGCGUGGGAGAAGGCCAAGGGGGAGAUGGAUGCCCUGGAGGCUGAGAGGAAGGAGGUGCUGCAGGAGAGAGCGAGGCUGGAUGAGGAGCGGAAAGACUUUGUGAAGAAGAUUGCUUUGGAGAGGGAGAGCGUGGCAGUGGAUAGGAAACUGGCGCUGGAGAAGGUUGAGAGGGAUUCUGCUGGGGUGAAGCGGGAUAGGGAGUCUCUGGCGAAGGAGAGAGCGGCACUGCUGAAGGAGCGGGAGAGGGUGGAGAAGGAGAAGGAGGGCGUGCAGAAGAAGCUGCUGGAGGUUCGGGUGGAGCGGGAGAAGGCUCGGGAGGAACGGACGAGCACAAGGCAAGAGCUGGCGGAGAGCAGGGCGGAGAGAGUGAAGCUGGGGCAGCAGAAGGCUGAGCUGGAGCGGGAGAUUAAGAUGCUGCAGGCUGAGAAGGCAGAGGUGCAAGGCGAGAGGGCGAAGGCGGAUCGGGCGAGAGAGGAGCUGGAGAGGCUGCGGGAAGGGCUGGUUGCUGAGCGGGCGGAAGUGACUGCUGCUUUGGGGAGGCUGGACAGGGAGCGGCUGGAUGUGGCGGCUUUGGCGAGGCGAGAGAGGGAGGCCGUGGAGAAAGAGAAGGCUGCUGCUGAGGCGAAGAUUGAGAAGGAGAAUGCGAGGCUGGCGAGAGAGAGAGGUGCUUUGGGGAAGGAGAGGGAGGCGGUUGGGAGAGAGAAGGAGGAGGUGGUGGGAGCGAGAGAGGAGGUUAGGGCGGAGAGGGUUGCGCUGGCAGGGGAGAGACGGGAACUGAAGAAGGAACAGGCGGAGGCCAAGGCUGCUGCUGCUGAGCUGAAGGCUGCCAGGGCCGCAGCGGAGAGGGAGGCGGAGGGGGCGAGAGUGGCUGCUGCUCGGGCGAGGGCGGAGCAGGAAGCAGCGGUGAAGGCUGAGGAGAGCGUGGCUGCGGAGAGGGAGAAGCUUGCUGCUGCAGCGAGCGAGCUGGAGAAGGAGAAGGAGCUUCUGGAGAAGAUGCGAUCGGCUGCUGCAGCUGAACGGGCGGAAUUGGCUGCUGAACGCGCAGGGAACGAGGGGCUGCUGAGGAAGAUUGAGCAGGAGAGGGAGGUGGCGAGGCAGGAGAGGGAGAAGGAGAGGAGGGAGAUUGGAGAGCGGAUUGCGGAGCUUGAAGGGCUUGAGAAGCAGCAGGCGGAGGCGAUUCAGGCGUCGAGGAACAUUCAGGAGCAGCGGGCACAUCUGCGGGAGGAGAUGGAGGAGUUGGAGAGGGAGAGGGCGCGGCUGAGGGUGGAGGAGGCGAAGGUGAGGGAGGGUGGGAGGGAGCUGAUGAGUGAGAGGGAGAAGCAGAGGGCUGCGCUGGAGAAGGAGAGGGACGAGGCUGCUGCGGCACAGGCUGCCCGUGCUGCUGCGGAGGCUGAUAGGCUGGCAGAGAGGGUCGCGGAGUUUGAGGCCAGGAUGGAAGAGGAGAAGGCGAAGUUGCGGCGGAUGCGGGAGGCGGUGGAGGAGAAGCGGGUUGGGGUGGAGGAGGAGAGGGCGAGGAUUGAAGGCGAGAGGGAGGAGCUGAGGAGGCAGAGAGAGGAGAUGGUGGCGAAGCGGGUGGAGCUAAAGAAGGAGAUUGCAGAGAAGGAAGCAGAGGUGCUGCAGGUGGAGCAGCUGAGGAGGCGGCAGGAGAGGGAGCUGAGGGAGCUGGAGAAGCAGCGGGCUAAGGUGAAGGAAGAGAGGGAGGAGGUGGAGCGACAGAAUCUGGAGUUAGUGUCUCGCAGGGCGAAGGCGGAGGAGGAGGUGGCAACGACCCUGGCUGGAAUUGAGUCUGAGAGGGCUGCUGCUGAAAAGGAGCGGCAGGAGAAGGAGCGGGAUCUUAUGGCCCGCUCCCGGAGGCUGGAUGAGGAGCAGAGGCGGCGGCGGGAGGAGUGGGAGGCUCUGGUGGAAGAGGAGAGGAAGAAGAUGGAGCGGGAGAGAGAGGCGGUGGCGCGGGACAGGGCGGAUACUCAGAGGCACUGGGACGAUGUGCAGAAGAUGAUUCAGGAGCUGCACCAGCAGCGGCGGCAGCUGAAGGAGGAGAAGGAGGCGGGCAGGCGGACGGAGAGUGCGGAGAGGAGGCUGUCGGGCGGGUCGAGCUGGAUUGCUGGCGGGCAUGAUUUGGCGGAGCAGCUGCGGUUUGCGAGGGAGAGGCUGAAUGAGGAGCGGGAAGAUUUCGAGAUGGAGAAGAAGGAGCUUGAGGCUCAGCGUCGGUCAGUGGAGAUGGAGCGAGAGGGCAUGGCACGGGAGGCCGAACGGCUCCGUGUGCUCAAGUCCGAACUCGCCACCAUGGAGAACUCCCUGCUGGGCUCUCCUGCCCAGGCUCAGGCGAAAUCUCAGGUGCCAGCAACAGAGGCAGCCACAGCAGUAGCUGUUGCAGUAGCAGCAGCAGCAGAAGAGGCAGCAGAGGCAGCAGCAGCAGCAGGAGCAGAUCGAGAGGGGGGUCUGUGGGGCGGUGGUGGUAGUGCUGCUGCUGCUGGUGGUAGCAAGUCCCCUGCUGGUGCGGGUCCUUCAGGUAUGGAUGAGGAAAGAGAUACAGGGAAGGAAGGUGACGAGGGGGAGAAGGACGACGGGGAGGGUGUUCCUGAUGCUGACGCUGCUGAUGGGUAUGCGGAUGGGGAUGCUGCAGAGGGGGAUGAGGAUGAGGCAUUCAGGGAUGCAGAGGGGAUGGAAGCUGAGCCAGCAGAUGGUGCUGCUGGUGUGGCUGUCACUGGGGUGGUGGUUUCUGCUGCUGCUGCUGUGCGGGCUGCUGGGGAGGAGCAGGCGGAUGGUGCUGGUGUUGGAGUGGCGGAUGGUGUUGGGGCUGGUGCUGGAGUGGCGGUAGGUGUGGUGGAAGUCGAAGCUCAUCUGGCUGUAGCGGCCGUAGCAGGAACGGCCGCUGCAGUGCCCAGCGCUACGGCCGAACCUGCCACACCAGUCAGAGCGCCUGUUGGAAGCCAGACCCCUUCGGGGCGUAUGAGGCGCAGAGGCGGGGCUGGGGAAGCAGACGGGGUUGCAGGGGAGGAGGUGGAUAAGCCGCGUCUCUUGUCGCCGUCGCUGCUUGAGGAGGUAAAGGAGUCUCUCUCCUCUCACCGCCCCUUAGCGGCUUUCGCAGCCAUUGAGAGGAGUCUUCUCGAGGAGUCCGCGCACCGGCGAGUGUUUGAUCAGCUGAUCGCUCCUCUCACUGACCGCCAAGGCCCGUGCGCCAAGGACAGCGCAGUGACGGGUGAGGCCAAGACCGCAGGCAACCGCGCGUUUGGAGAGCAGCAGUAUGCGGAGGCUGUGACCUGCUACAGCAAGGCCCUCCAGUAUGCGCCUCUGGAGUCACCUGACUUGCUGGCAGUACUCUUCACCAAUCGUGCCACGUGUCUGCAUAGAAUGGGACAGCUAAGGGAGGCUGAAGAGGAUUGCUCCCAUGCCAUCCACCUCUCUCCAUCUUACUGUAAGGCUUGGUUUCGGAGGGGGCACAUUGGAACAGCGGAAAGGGACUCUGCUCGUGAUGUUACAGGCGUUGCUACUGGCAGGGCAGAUUCCACCCAUACUACUGGUGCUACUGGUGCUACUGGUGCUACUGGUGCUACUGGUGCUAGUGGUGCUACUGGUGCUACUGGUGCUACUGGUGCUACUGGUGCUAGUGGUGCUACUGGUGCUACUGGUGCUACUGGUGCUACUGGUGCUACUGGUGCUACUGGUGCUACUGGUGCUACUGGUGCUACUGGUGCUACUGGUGCUAGUGGUGCUACUGGUGCUACUGGUGCUACUGGUGCUACUGGUGCUACUGGUGCUACUGGUGCUACUGGUGCUAGUGGUGCUAGUGGUGGUACUGGUGCUACUGGUGCUACUGGUGCUACUGGUGCUACUGGUGCUACUGGUGCUAGUGGUGCUACUGGUGCUACUGGUGCUACUGGUGCUACUGGUACUACUGGUGCUACUGGUGCUACUGGUGCUACUGGUGCUACUGGUGCUACUGGUGCUACUGGUGCUACUGGUGCUACUGGUGCUACUGGUGCUAGUGGUGCUACUGGUGCUACUGGUGCUAGUGGCACUACAGGCUCCAUGCAUGGUGCAAGUCCCAAGAUGCUUCAAGACACCACGAAGUCUACCAGUGCUACUACAACACGAGUUGAUGGAAGUAAGGCAUUCGCAGCCCACCUGUCCUCUUUUGACAGCUCCGGCACCACAAAGUCUACCAGUGCUACCAACGCCACCAGUGCGACCAACGCCACCAGUGCGACCAACGCCACCAGUGCGACCAACGCCACCAGUGCGACCAACGCCACCAGUGCGACCAACGCCACCAGUGCGACCAACGCCACCAGUGCAACCAACGCCACCAGUGCGACCAACGCCACUAGUGCUUCUCAGCAGGCAUGUGCAAGGGCUCCCCAAGACUCGCAUGCAGGGUGGGGCCUUCGGCUCGCUGCAGCGGGUUAUACAAGCAGAGGCACCAGAGCUGCUGCAGCCGGCACAGAGCCAUGCGCUGGUGCUCCCUGCCUGCCAGCUGGCGCUCCCGGCUUGCCAGCUGGCGCUCCUGGCUUGCCAGCUGGCACAGUUGUGCUAGUUGAAGAACCGAUAGUUGCGGCCCUCUUGAAGCCGCACCGCUCCUCCUGCUGCAACCACUGCCUGCUGCCCCUCCCCGCCAACCCCUUCCCCUGCCCUGGCUGCUCCUUUGCCCUCUUCUGCCGGCCCCUCUGCGCUGCUAUGGCUCUGGGAGUGGCAACGUCCAUUACAGAUGCUGCUUCUACUGCCACAGAUGCUGCCUCUGCUACAGAUUCCACAGCUGCUACAAAUGCCCCACCUGCUACAGAUUCUGCCUCUGCUACAGAUACGGGUGCUACAACCGCAUUGGAAAAUGGGGGAGAUACAGAUGCUACAGCAGCGGAGCUGCUACAGCCGGGGUGGAGGGCAGGUGUUACCCGGUGGGGGGAGCAUCUGGGGGAGUGUGGCGGCAGCAGCUGGCAUGCUGCCUUGCCGGUAGAGGCCUGCUUGGCUGGUAGGGUGGUGGGGCAGGUGGGACUGGGGCAGGUGGGACUGUGGCAGGUGGGACUGGGGCAGGUGGGAUUCGGGGGGGGUGGAUUAGCACAGGCACGUGCAGGCGGGAAUGGGAGGCGGGUGAAGCAGCAGCAGCAGCAACAUGCCUCUUCUCUUCUGCACCGUUUGACUCGCUUCCGUGUGUCAAGUCAUCAAGUGCUGGUGGUGCUGGGUCAACUGCGGUUCAAUGCGGUGGCAGUGAGCCGGGUGCAGGGAGGGGAGAGUGGCGGCACUGCCGGUCAACUGGAGGGCAUUGAACAGGUGCCCAUCGCUCAAGCCCUCUACCUCUCUGCAUCGCUUUUCAACCACAGAUGUCAUCCCAAUGUCUCGCUCUCCUUCCCUUCCUCGCCUCUCCCUCCCACUCCUCUCCCUCUCUCGCCUACCAUCCCUCCCGCCGGUUCUUCCUCUCCUCUCGUCUCUGCUCCUUCGCUUUCCUCCUCUCCUUUCUCUGAUCUCCCAUUUCCUUCCCUCACACCCCCACUCCCUAGUCUCUCCUCCUCUUUUGUCCCUGUGUCAUCACUUUCCUACGGUCGUCUUUUAGUGGCCCGAACUACCGAACCUGUCCUCCCGGGCGAAGAGCUCAGCAUCGGGUAUGGAGCUCAGGUUGGGGAGAAAACAGCUUCGGAGCGCCAAACCUGGCUCCGCCAGAGGUACUUCUUCCAGUGCUCCUGCCGAGCCUGCACCGAUCCUGCCCGAGCGUUUUCGGACCUGUGUCUCCGAGGCUACCGGUGCCAUGCCAAGGGAUGUGGGGAAAGAGGUGUGGUACCAGGGCUGGCUGGUGGUAUUGGCUGGAAGUGUGUUGGUUGCGGAUGUGGAUUGUUUGAGAAGGAGAGGAAGGAGGGAGGAGUUGGAAAGAUUGGGAGGAGGGAGAAAGUGCCAAGUGAAGGGGAGUCUGCAGAGGGUGCAGGGGUUGAGGAAGUGGAGCGGGGGAAGAAGCUGGCUGCUACAGUGGAUGCGAUCAGAGCAGACUUGCUGAGGCUACGAGACAGUGAGAGAUCCGCUGCUGCUGCUGCACCGUCAGCAUCAACCCUCUCUCGCGCAUCUCGGCUGUUGGAAUCACUUCGGCACCGCUUGCACCCCCUCAACCGCACUCUUGCAGAGGUCUGCAUUGUUUUCGCCGCCGUGCUGCUGCUCCAGCCGUGUCGACCCAACCCCCGCGCAUGUGCUCAUUCUCGACUCUAUGCCCCUCAUGUUCCUGCCAGUAACCUCACCUGCAACAUAGCAGCGGGAAAGUGGCAGCGCGCGUUGCGCAUUUCCUUUUACACCGGCCUCACGCCCCUUGUGCCUUUCACACACGCCCCUCACGCUCCUACUGGUAACCUCACCUGCAACAUAGCAGCGGGCAAGUGGCAGCGCGCGGGGGGGAUUCCUUUCCACACCGGCCUCACGCCCCUUGUUCGUAGCGUGCGUCGCUUGUUCCUCCCCUACCUCUUCCAGAUUCACCGCAUGUUCCUGCCACUAACCAAACCUGCAACAUUGCUGCGGGAAAGUGGCAGCGCGCGUGGGGCAUUCCUUUCUACACGGGGCUGA